CCAGUACAGAGGGCAGCCAUUUUACACACCAGCCUCUGUGUCCACUCCCAGACAAGGACACACACACACACACCAACAAACACACUCCCAAGUUCUACAGCUGUCAUGGACCAGGAAAGAGUCAGGUGCUGGGCUCUACCCUACCAAGCAUGAGAAGCUGGAGCCAGCGAUUCAAGAAAGGAGACGGUGAGACCAUGGCUGAGUCUUCGUCCAGGCCUGGCAAUGCACCUACCCCCGUUUGGGUGUCACACACGCCCACCCCGGACCACCUAUCAGACGUGGUUGAGGACGACCCUGCAGACUCCUCUGAAUACACAUCCAGCAGUCCGGAUAAAAACAUGAAAGACAGACUCAGAUCCCUGCUUCCCAAGACCCUGGGGAGAUCCAUCCGGAGUUGGACGAAGGGGCGUGAGGAUGUGAGCUCCGGGGGGGAAGAGAUCCCCCCGGACGGCACCAGGGUGAGCCCCCCCGUGAGCCCCCUGAUGGAGCGCAGGCUCUGGGACGGCCAGGGGGACGAGGGCUCUCUGGCCACCUCCAGCCAGAGGUCCUACAAGCCCCUGCUGCGGGACAACAGGGACCUGUACGCCGGCGAGGAGUCCAUCCUCACCAGCAUCCACCCGGCCGAAUACUACGCCGAGAAGGUGGAGUUGUACAAGCUCAAGUACUCCUACCUCAAGUCGUGGCCCGGGCUGCUGCGGCUGCUGGCCGGAAUGGAGCUGCUGUUCGGGGGCAUGGUGCUCGCCUGCGUCAUCGCCUACAUCCAGAAGGACAGCGAGUGGGACGACUCCUACGGCAUGACCAACGGUUACUACAACAACGGCCAGGGUCUGUCGGGGUACUCCUACGGGGGGCCCAUGACCCCCUUCGUCCUGGCCGUGGCCGGCCUGUCCUGGGUGGUGACGCUGAUCCUGCUGGUGCUGGGCAUGACCAUGUACUACCGCGCCAUCCUGCUGGACUCGGCCUGGUGGCCGCUGACCGAGGCCCUGGUCAACGUGGCGCUGUUCCUGCUCUACAUGGCGGGCGGCAUCGUGUACGUCAACGACCUGAACCGCGGCGGGCUGUGCCACAUGACGGUGGGACUCAACCCCAUCGUGGCCAACCUGUGCCGGGUGGACGGCGGGCAGAUGGCGGGCACCACCUUCAUCUUCAUCGUCAUGCUGAUGUACCUGGUGGGCUUCAUGGUGGCGCUGAAGAUGUGGCGGCACGAGGCCACGCGGCGCGAGCUGGAGAGCUUCAGGCUGGAGGAAGAAAAUCCUCAAACCAUCCCAAUGUCUAAAAAGAAACCAAAGAAAAUCUCCUUUAAAGAUGAUGAAGGUUACACCAGCAAGAAACCACACUCACAGGACUACAACACCCCGAACUACAGCACUCCCAUCAAGGCCGACUACGUCAUGAAGUACCCGGAGAUCACCUCGGCUGAGGAGCGGGAGAGAUACAAGGCCGUGUUCAACGACCAGUACCCGGAGUACAAGGACCUCCACAGAGACAUCACUAACACCUUGCAGAAGUUUCAGGAGCUGGACGACAUGAUGGACAGUCUCCUCCAGAACAACAGCAGACGAGACGAACAGGAGAGAAUUCAAAGAAUGUUGCUCACAUAUGAAGAGAAGAAGAAGGACCCUGCUUUCCUGGAGAAGAGGGAACGCUACAGGUACAUGAAAGACAAGCUGAGCCACAUCAAGAACAGGAUUCGAACCUUUGACACCAUGGAGAGCCGUGGCAUGACGGCGAGAUGACUCAAGGAAAGAGGGCCGAAUGCAUUGUUUGAUUCCGAAAUCUCAGCGCUGUGCUGUUUCAAAUGCUUAUUCAUUAGUAUGUGAAUAAUCUCUCUUGGUGUUACAAUUUCAAAGAAAUGUUGUAUUUUUGUAAUAAAUAUUCACAUUAUGAACAA